CGCGCAGUAGCGUUAACGCAGAGGUACAGCUCGGAGCACAGGCAUGGCGUCGUCGUGCUGCUGCUUGCAACUCCGAUUCGCGUGAGACUGAUCGUGUACGGCAGCACGCGCUCUUACGCACAUCGCGCCUCUCUUUCUCCUCGGACUGUCCUAACAGUCCCAACUGGUCGUGGAUUGCAAAGUCGCGAGUAGACCACAACGACAACAACAACAACAAUAACGUCGACGACGACAGUAGCAGCGACAGCAGAAGCAGAACUCGAGUCUCGCUCAGAGGAGCAGCUGUCAGUGUAUAAACAAAUACAAGCCAUGGCUGCUGCUGCUGCGAACGACGAGCCUACCGACGACUGCUGAGUGCCGACGGGAGAGCUUGUGCUGCGCUCGAUUCUCGUCGCCGUCCGUGUCGUUGCGUGCACAUCGCGCCUAUCGCGGCACGCACAGUAGUCGUAGUACAGUAGUAGAGUGUUGUGCUACUCGGUUCGGUGCGUACAACUACUCUGAUAUACACACACGCGACACGCGACAGACAUUUAUCCUCCAUCGAGUGAUUCCAAAGUGACUGCCUCGUAGCUGGCCAGCAGCAGGAUGGACUCGACAAGCGUGUCCAGGGUCUCGCUCAGCAAGUCCCAGUACAGCGGCUACGGCUCUCGUCGCGUUCGCAAGAUCAGCACGACGGAGAGCGAGUACUCGACCGAGGAGCAGGCCCGGCUGACGGGCGGCGGACCCGACGACGGCCUCGGCGACGACCCAGCCAACUCGCCCGAGGAGGAGGCCGGCUCGAUCUGCGAUUACCAUGACAUACCGCCGCCCCCCGACGGCGGCUACGGCUGGGUCAUCGUCUUCGCCUCCUUCAUGUGCAACAUGAUCGUCGACGGCAUCGCCUACACCUUCGGCGUGUUCCUCAGCGAUCUGUGCACCUACUUCGAUGAGAGCAAGAGCAAGGUCACCUGGGCCGGUUCGCUGCUAUCCGGCGUCUACUUGAUGGCUGGGCCCGUCGUCAGCGCGCUCACCAACAAGUACGGUUGCCGAGUCGUCUGCAUAGCCGGCAGCAUCCUUGGCACCUUGGCCUUCAUUCUGUCCACCUUCGCCAAGUCCGUCACCAUGCUCAUGAUGACUUACGGCGUUCUCGGAGGUAUUGGUUUUGGGCUUAUUUAUCUUCCUGCCGUUGUAUGUGUGGGAUAUUACUUCGAGACGAAGAGGUCCUUGGCCACUGGGAUCGCCGUGUGCGGCUCGGGCUUUGGGACCUUUCUGUUCGCACCUCUGGCCAACAUACUUCUGGACGAAUACAAAUGGAAAGGGGCGAAUCUCAUUUUGGCUGGCUUCAUUCUCAACUGCGUGAUUUUUGGCGCGCUGAUGAGACCGUUGCAGUACCCAAAGGCCUCGUCGGUGAAACCACUGCUGCAGCGAAUGGCCGAGGAGAAGCGUUUCCAGAUGGAACGUGGAAGCAUCGGCGGCUCCUACUUCAUGGUCCAACUACCAGAUGGAUCGAUGGAAAAGAGAAUGAAGAUGCCGAUCAACGUUGACCCUGGCGUCCACUCAAGCUUCAAUUUAGACCAAUUAGUGCCUGUGCCGACGGUGCCGACGCUGCCCACUAUAUCGGAGGUCAAAGUCCAGGAGCACUCGUCGUCGGGGGCUACCAGUCACAGCGGCAGUAGCGACCUCAAGAGUUCGUCCAUCAAAUCGCGAAGUCGCAAAGGCAUCGACGAGCCCGCCAAGGACGAGCAGACCACGUCGGCAGCGGCCACCGGAAGCAGCACCAUCAAAGCGGUCCUCGAGAGCAGCACCGAGCAGGGGGCCAGCAAGUCCGCCGCCAUUCCGCGAAACGCCUCGCAACCGGCCUUCACCACUCACGUGCAAGGUCUGCCGAAGAACGGCUCGGUACCGUUCUUCGAUCGCAUUCGCAAGACCAGCACCGGCGAGCGUUACAAGCCGAGCCUCAGCGCCAUCAAGAACUCUCGCACAACCCUCAAUUCCAAUGGCGACAUUCGUAAGAGUUUCAAUCUGAGACUCUCCAACAGCAGUAUGUUGGGAUCCCGUAACAACAACGCCGAUCUCGACGACGAUCAGAGCAUCACGUUCACAACGAGCAACAUGCGCAUACCAAGGGAGAAACCAUCGAUGGUGAGGCCACUGUCGCGCAAGGAUAUUUUCUACAGCGGUAGCGUCAUUAAUCUUCCCGAGUACCAGAGCCAAAAGUCGUUGGCCAACUAUCGUCAGAGUGUCAUUUCCCUCCCAAAGUCCGUCAGAGGUGUUGACGCAAAGGAUGCUGAUAUCGAGAGAGCCCCCCAGCAACCACUUUGUCCCUGUCUGGAGUUACCCGAAUCGUUCAAAGAAGCCCUGGGAACCAUGAUGGAUUUGACCCUUUUGAAAAAUCCAGUAUUUCUCUUCAUCUGCAUCAGCAACGUAUUCGGCAUGGCUGGCCUCUACAUUCCUUUCUUCUACCUCGUUGAAGCAGCUGUUGCCAACGGAGUCGAAAAGAAGCAAGCCUCGUUCUUGGUAUCGGUUAUUGGAAUCACCAACACCAUUGGUCGAGUGGCUUGUGGCUACGUGGCAGAUUUCCCGCAAGUUGACUCGCUUCUGCUCAACAACAUCUGCUUGAUCGUGGCAACGAUUGCCGUGUCUUUGACACCUCUCUGCACCACGACGAUGCACUACAUGAUAAUGAGCACCUUCUUCGGCAUCGCCAUUUCCGGUUACAUUUCCCUUACGUCAAUAAUUCUGGUGGAUUUAUUGGGCCUUGAUAAACUGACGAACGCCUUCGGUCUGCUAAUUUUAUUCAGAGGCGUCGCUGCCAUCGCUGGCCCACCGAUGGCCGGUACACUCUACGACUUAACUAAUGAUUACGGAAUAACAUUUUACAUGGGAGGUUUUUGCUUCUUAAUUAGCACCAUAACGAGCUUCGUGGCUCCUAUGAUGAAACGCUGCAUCACCCCGCAGACUCAGCCUGUGAUAUUAGAUACAUUGACUCCCAUCGACGAAGACAUCGAGGAAGAGAAUGAAGAUGAUAUUCCUGAGAUUAUAGAAACUGCUCCAUCGCCUCAGGAACAACCCGAGAAAGAAAUAAAGCAGAUUGAAUCGGUCUUAUAAACAAAAAGUGCUUUAAUCUAAGUUGCUUCUACAGUUAUUCUUUUUCAUGCGUGGAAUCGAUUAAACAGAAACAGCAAAAUAAAAACAUUUACAACCGUCACUUCGAACUACUCUGUGAUACGGCAACAUUUUUCUCUCAGCAAGCUAGCGUAUUUAUAUAUAUGAAUGUUCAAAGGGACUAAGUGGUAUUUUCGAGUACGCUUUACACAUGCGUAAUAAACUUUAAAGUGUAAUACAUUUCUUUUUCCGUUGACAUGCACAAACAAACAAACGAUUUAAAAAACCUAAUAAUACUUUGCCUGAUGGAAUUUUUACACGUGUAAAAUAAAGCUUUAAGGGGGUGAUUUUGGCCUCUGUGUGCGCGACUUAAUAAUUUUGAUUUCUCAUAUAGUGCGCGCGUUCACACAUCAAUAACCGAGAGAUUCGAGUAUGUGUGAGAAUGAAAAAAAAUUCCAUUGGUUUUGCAGCCAAUUCAGAAUUCUCGCUAGCUCAAUUAAGUACUCAGUCAAAUUCGAGUAGAAAUGCUUAAUUUAUUUUAAAACAGUAUCGAUCGUCAGUAUGUUAGUCAAAGAAUUCGCAAACAAGAGAAAAGAAAUUUACUUAUAUUAUUGUGCAUAACUAUUAUAGAUAACAAUAACACUGAGAAUACAUAAUUUAAUACUAAUAAUAGUAACAUUAAUAUAAAUACUAAUAAAAACAACAACAAUAAUAAUGUUAAUGAUAUAAGUUAAAGGAUUAAAUGAAUUAGCAAUCGAGGCAUAGGAAAAAAGGCCUGUUGCGUUAUACCUAUGUAAAAAUAAUACCGACACUAGAAGCUAUUUUUGAAAAAUUUGUAAGAAAAAGAGGCCUUUUUUCCGCAGUCGAAAAAUGCAAAGCGAAAAAAAAGUUAAAUGAAUAUUUAUAUGUACAUAUGGCACGUGUACAUAAAGCCAACCUAUAAAUUGUAAACACCUAAAUGAAUCAAUUAUUUAUGAGAACAACAAUAAGAAAAUGAGAAUAAGUGGUUAACGAAAAAAGAGAAAAAAUUUAAUUGUAAAUAGUACAGAGAAAAAUAUUUGUAUAUUGUAAUAACGAGCGCGGAUGGAUUAUCCUAAAUAGCUUGAAAAAAAAAGAGAAUGCAUUUUCAUUGUGGAAUGGAUAAUGCUUCGAUUAUAAGCUUACGAAAAAUUCAUAGUCACGGUGAAAAAUAUUUGCGUCGAUUGAUGAGCAGUUACAUUGAAUUAUUGCACAUAAUAUAAAUAUAUUUACAUUAAUUGUGAACGAAGGGUGUAUAAAAAAUAUACAUCGGGUAACAUAAGAAAUGAUUACUCAAGUACAUAUAUUUAUCUAUGAAACAAAAAUGUAAAAAAAAGGUACACAAAUAUGUAUGCGAAAAGAUAAAAAAACCAUAUGCAAUGAGAAACAAUCGUCGUUUUUAGAUCUCUUACUUCUUCAGCUUGGUGAACAAUAAAUACAAUUUUAAUAAAUAUUAAGUGAAUAAUAAUCCUAACCAUUGUAAAACUAAUGAUAAUUUCAUUGAUCACGAGUAAGAGCUGUAAAGACACAGAAAUAUGUAUAAGUUAUAUUGAAGAAAAAAACUAUAUUAUUAUGUAUAUUGUCUGAAAAGUGGUGUGCGUUGUGUGUUGUGUUAAUUAACCUGACAUUGGUAUGUGCGCACAGCAAAAUCGGCUCAUUCUCUUUUUCAUAUAUUAUACUUAAAUAUAUAUACGCAACCUGUAUAUAUAUGACAACGUGCACUAAUGAUUUUUCAGAGCCUCGAGAGCGAGAAAGAGAGACAUACAUGUUCGUAUAAUAAACAAGUUAAUUAACACAAACCAGCCACGCGAUAAAUAUUUUAAUACUUAAAAGGCAUAAAUUCAUGCUGCUAGAGAUAUAAUAGAAGACGCAUUACUCUCAUAUUUUAUAUACGAGCCACAAUGCGUACGAAGUGAGCUAAGAAAAAAAGAAAAAUCAGCCGAGACAGUGGCCUGUGCAAAUGAUUAUUUAAGAAAAAAAAUUAUUAAUAGCAACGAUAGAAAAGCUAUUUCUAUAUUGAAUAUACGCUAUACAUAAAUGCAGCACAUCACGCGCGCUUCGUAAACUCGAGCGCCAAGAUAAAUAAUAUGCAUAACGUGCUCUUGUGUAUGCAUGCGUGCGUGUACGUGGAAAAGCUGCAAAGGUCACUUCCGAGCUGUAGAUCUCUUUUUAUCGCAACAUUUCGAAUGCAUGUGUGUAUGUAUGUGUGUAAGUGAAUUGCGCGAAAAAGCAAAGAAAAAAAGAUGAGACUGUUCGUCGGUAGCUGCGGAGAGUUGUAACUACAGCUUCUUAUACGAAUUACGACUGGCAAAUAUAUACAAAGAGAUAGCGCGUGUAACAAAGAAACACUCGCUAUCAACUUUUUACUAAAAAAAUAAAAAAAAGGCUUUCCUGCUGCUGCGAUCUUUCUAUAUAUUGUUGUACAUAACAUUACUAUAUAUAUCUUGUAUCUGUUUUAUUCGAUUAAAAAAAUGAGAGCGAUGGACACAUUUUUUAUGUCACAUCCUCGAGACGUCUUAUAUUGUAUGUGUAUGCCAUUGUAUUUAAAGAUCAUGAUUAUGUUUUUAUUGAUUGUUAUUACUCUGUGUGUAAAAUUUGUAUCGUUUCUAUACUGGAGAAAAAUAUAUAUAUUGUAUAAUUCGAUUUUAACAAUUUUUAUGCGUCUCAAAAAGUCUUUCGUUGCGUUAUUUUGUAACUUGCGUCUUUACGUAGGUAUAUGUACAUUGUACACGUAAUAGGUUUGCAAGAGUGCACACGCCGUACUAAUUACGUGCGUCUAUAUGUAUAUCAAUUUUAAUGUAUUUAUCCUUGUUUUGUUGCUAAAUGGAAGAAAGAGCGAGUGAGAAAAAAGUUAAAUCGUGCACAUGUGAAUACGUUUACGUUGAUUUAGGGAAUCGCGUGUUCAGAGGUAUAUCGUAUUUAUUAUUACUGAUAUUCAUACACACACAUAUAUUAUUAUGAUAUUGAAUGCGACCCAAUUUGAAUUUUUAUUUGUUAACUCGAGAUUUGGUAAAUGGUUUUUAUCGACGUAUCAUUCUAUAUAAACCUUUUUAACUACAGAUGUGUGUGUGUAUAUUUAUGUUAUAUUUUAUAAUGUGUACAAACAUAUAUGCAUUAAUGCGUACGUAUACACGAUUAGAUUCAACGUCACACAAAGAAUUAAGUGACAUGCCGCGCGAAUUUACCAAGUCCAUGUCUGUGUCUGUGCGUGUGUUUAUAAGUUUACGCUAUGUGUAAUUGUUCGCGCGCGAAUGCUUUAUCCCGCAAUCGAGUGCGUCAUGCAAUGUAUACGUGCGCGUGUGAGUGAGCGAGCGAGCGAGUGAGCGAAUACAGCAAUGCUUGCGAGUCGCGUGAGCAUGUUUACAUGCGGAAUGAGCCACGCAAAUCCAUUCACUUAAUCAAGAGAACAAAAUGCAAAAAAAAAAAGAAAAAAAAUAGAAAGCGUGCGCAAGCGAGCAAAAUUUAGCAACUUUGCUUGUUGAAAGACUCGAGGAAACGUCACUAGUGCGUGUUUGUGUGCGUUAUGUUUUUUCCAAUUGUAAAAUGUAAAUUCCACUUGAGCUACAGGUGGACAAAAAAGAGGAAAAACGAAAAAAAAAUGCGAAAAAGAGAAUCGAGACGAGAUCCGAGAGAGCACGCUAAGCUCUUGCCUAUAAAGCUUGACGUACGUGCUUCAUCGUACUCUCACCCAAAUGUUAAUAUAUAAAUAUAUAAAAUGUGGUACAAAGAAGGACAAAUGUAUUAGGUAGUGUUUAUCAAAAUUAAAGAGAAAAUUAUGAAUUUUUAUUAUGGAA